GAGAGAGGAAAGGUGCUGGUGCAGAAUUUACAGACCAGCCGCACAAAUUCGAUCAUCGCCGGAGAUCCGACCGUUGGAUUGAGCUGAAAUUUUCAGAGGUUGUUCCCAACACUUAGGGCUUCAAUCAGUUCAAUUUUCACAUCAAUCGGAGCUACGGAUCUUCUGUAAUUGCAGCUGGUGCGACGCUGCGUUUUUGGGUGAUAUCUCUGAUUUUUCUUCUCUAUUGUUGAUGGCUCUUAUGUAUGUUGUUGUUGGUGGGCUGUGACAUCCUUGUAGACUGAGUUUGGGUGUUUUUACCCUCAAUUUUCAUAAUAAGAGAAGAAGAGGGCGGACUCCCUAUAAGUCCCUUGGUUUUUAUCCUUCACAUCGAAGGGGUUUUCCACGUAUAAAAAUCGUGUGUCGUUUGCAUCUUUAUUCUUCAUAUUUGGUUGUGGUUUAUUUGAUGUGCUGCUGAUUUUGUGUGCUUGGUUAAUCAAUUGUGGUAAAUUGGGUUAAGUGUUUGGUUGGUUGUCGUAUCCUACUUGUUGCUUCUCCCCCAACAUUUGGUAUCAGAGCAAAGGUUUAAACCGUAGAUAUGAAGUCAGGAAAUAAUUUUAUGGUUAAAUUGACAUCAACCAAUUAUUCCAUUUGGCGUCCUAUGAUGGAAGAUUUGUUAUAUUGUAAUGAUUUGUUUGACCCAAUUGAUGUGGAUAAAACCAAGAAGGAUGACAUGCCCACUAAACCAGAGAAGAUGACAGAUAAAGAAUGGGAAAAAUUGAAGAGAAAGACCUUGGGGACUAUCAGACAGUGGAUUGAUAUUAGCAUAUUCAAUCAUGUAUCCCAAGAGACUGAGCCACUCGAGUUGUGGAGAAAAUUGGAGGGUCUUUAUGAGAGAAAGACUGCUCAUAACAAGGCCUCGUUGAUUAAGAGGCUUGUUAGUCUCAAGUUGAAGCUGGGAAAAUCUGUUUCUGAGCAUCUUAGUGAUUUUCAAGAUAUCAUUAACAAGUUGACUGUGAUGAAAAUUGUUUUUGAUGAUGAGUUGCAGGCUUUAUUCCUAUUGAGUUCUUUGCCAGAUAGUUGGGAGACUUUGAUUGUGUCUAUCAGCAACUCAGCUCCAGAUGGUGUGCUUUCAUUGGAUGUCAUUAAAGAGAGCAUGUUCAAUGAAGAGCUUAGAAGAAAGGAGAUGGGUGUUGACAUUUCACAGACACUUGUGGUAGAGAAUAGAGGAAGAAGCAAAAGCAGAGGUCCCAAGGGGCGUGGCAAGUCAAAGUACAGGUCUAAGUCCAAGGAUGGGAGAGAGCCCACCAUAUGUCACUAUUGUAGCAAACCUGGCCAUAUUCAAAAGUUUUGCUACAAGAUGAAAAGAGACCAACAAAAGAAGAAAAAUGAUCAUCACAAAGAGGGUGAUGACAAGAAUACAAUGGCGACAGCUUCUACUUCAGAUGAUGGUGUUUCAUUGGUUUGUACUGCAGGUGAUUGUUGUCAUGUUGAUAAUUCUGAUUCUGAAUGGUUUGUUGACACAGGGGCUUCUUAUCAUUGUGUUCCUCAUAAGGAGUACUUUAUUGACUACCGAGCUGGAGAUUUUGGUAGUGUGAAGAUGGGAAGCCAGAGUUCAGCAAGUAUUGUUGGAAUUGGAGAUAUUCGGGUUCAAACCAGUGUUGGGUGCUAUAUGACUUUGAGAGAUGUUCGCCACAUUCCAGAUCUACGCCUCAAUUUGUUGUCUGCUAAUGUACUUGAUCAAGAAGGUUACAAGCAUACUUUUGGUGAGGGUAAAUGGAAAUUGUCAAAGGGUUCUUUGACUGUUGCUCGUGGCAAGCUUUGUUGCACCUUGUAUAAGACACUUGAAAGUGUGUACUAGUGAGUUGAAUGUUGUUGAGGAGAAAACUUCUCCUAACUUAUGGCAUCGCAGAUUGGGCCAUGUAACCCAUGUUAGUGAGAAGGGCAUAAAGUUGUUGGCUGGUAAGUCUCUUAUUCCUGCCGAUGUUACCAUUUCACUUGACCCUUGUGAUCAUUGUUUAGCAAGAAAGCAGCAUAGAGUUUCUUUUCCGAUGAGAUCCAGGAGAAAGAAACUUAAGUUAGAGUU